AUGCCUUCGCAAAUCAGAUCCUGCUUGCGCGUGGCAAGGCAAGUCGCUACUCGACAGAAUAAGCACCAGCAAUUCCUCGCCCGCGCAUUCUCCAGCUCCGUCCGACGAUGCGAAAUUAACAAAGUCUUUCCCUCCGCUGAGGAAGCUAUCAAAGAUCUCAAGUCAAACUCAACCGUCCUAGCCGGCGGAUUCGGUCUAUGCGGUGUUCCCGACACACUCAUCAAUGCUGUCCGCGCCAAACCUGAGAUCACAGGCCUGACCGCCGUAAGCAACAAUGCCGGUGUCGACGGGUCUGGACUAGGCUUGCUGCUUGCCAGUAAACAGAUUAAGAAGAUGGUUGCAAGCUACGUCGGCGAAAACAAGACCUUUGAGCGCAUGUACUUGAGUGGCGAGAUUGAGUUGGAGUUGACUCCUCAAGGCACACUGGCCGAACGAUGCCGUGCGGGCGGCGCAGGAAUUCCUGCCUUCUAUACACCAGCCGCUUUCGGGACGGUCGUGCAGACAGGUGAACUGCCCCUAAAACAUAACAGUGAUGGCACCGUGGCCCUGUACGGCGCACCCCGCGACGUCAAAGUCUUUGACGGCAAGAGCUACGUUAUGGAAGAAGCCAUCAAGGGCGACUAUGCGUUCGUCAAGGCCUGGAAGGCAGAUAAACUUGGCAACUGUCAAUUCCGCUACGCCGCAGCCAACUUUAACGGCGCCAUGGGCCGAAAUGCGAAAAUGACCAUCGUCGAGGCAGAGCAAAUCGUCGAAGUUGGCGAGAUUGAGCCUGCUGCUGUCCAUCUACCGGGUAUCUACGUGAAGCGCGUGAUUCAGAGCACAGAAGAAAAGCGCAUUGAGAAACGCACAUUCGCCAAGGAGGAUGGCGAUGACAUGUCCGCCCUCGGCAAGGGUGAUACCGCCAACAAGCGCGAGCGAAUUGUGCGACGCGCUGCGAAGGAGUUCAAGAAUGGCAUGUAUGCGAACUUGGGUAUUGGGAUGCCCAUGUUGGCGCCCAGCUUUGUUGACCCGUCUGUUGAGGUUAUGCUACAGUCGGAGAAUGGUAUUCUCGGAUUAGGCCCGUAUCCCAAGCAGGGUUUGGAAGAUCCGGAUCUUAUUAAUGCUGGCAAGGAGACUGUGACCCUUUUGCCGGGAGCUGCUGUGUUUGGUAGUGAUGAGUCUUUUGGUAUGAUUCGUUCGGGGCGGAUUGAUUUGACUAUCCUUGGAGCGAUGCAAGUCAGCGCUCGAGGCGAUCUUGCGAACUGGAUGCUUCCUGGCAAAAUCAAGGGUUUUGGUGGCGCCAUGGAUCUCGUCUCCAACCCCGAGGCGACCAAAGUGGUUGUAACAAUGGAGCACACAGAUAAAAAGGGUAACCCCAAGAUCUUGAAGCAAUGCGAAUUCCCAUUGACGGGCAAGGCCUGUGUCAGCCGCAUCAUUACUGAAUUGGCUGUCUUUGAUGUUGAUUUCACUGACGGCUUGACUUUGAUUGAGGUUGCUGAUGGAGUCACCGUUGAGGAGGUUAAGGCUAAGACUGGAGCUCCGUUCAAGGUUGCUGAUGAUUUGAAGACGAUGUUGUAA